AUAUAUAUAUAUAUAUGUACAGAGAGAGAGAGAGACGAACACAUAACAGAACACACAGAGUCAUGGAAAAUCAAUCCAAAGAGUCUGCUGCAACAGAAAGUGAGGAAUUUCCUGAUGAGUUCCAGUGCUGCGUAUGUCUGGAUCUCUUCUACAAGCCCAUUGUCUUAGCCUGUGGCCACAUUUCAUGCUUCUGGUGUGUCUACAAAGCUAUGAAUACUUGGCAUGAAUCACGCUGUCCAGUUUGUCGGCAACCAUAUAAUCAUUUUCCCAGUAUCUGCCAUUUACUGCACGUCUUGCUUCUGAAGUUGUACCCAUUAGCCUAUAAAAGAAGGGAAAUACAAGUGAGCGAAGAAGAAAAGGAAACUGGGCACUCCUCUCCUCGGUUGAAUGAUCAUUUAUCUGCACCACAUCCUAGCAAAGAGUGCAAUAAUGCGGAGGAAUUUUCUCCACAUUCUUACACUUCACAAAAUAAAGUGCAUGUGGAAUUAUCUUCUUCUGGCGUGGGGGAACCUUCCUUAAUCAAGGAUUCAUCCGAAAUUAUUGUGCCAGUUAAAGAUUGUACGAUUACUGUUCAUACAAUGUCAAGCUGUGAAGCCACUGGAAAUAUGACUGCCCAAGAAAAAAGUGUGCAUGGAAAUAAGCUUGUGCACGGAACUUGUGAUCAGGUGCUUAUUACUGAUCUUCUGUGUGUUAUAUGCAAGCAGCUACUAUAUCGACCCACAGUUCUUAAUUGUGGCCAUGCAUAUUGUGAAACCUGUAUCAUCAAUAUAGAUGGCGAGGUAUGUAGGUGUCAAAUUUGUCCAAGUGUGCAUCCAUACGGGUUCCCAAAAGUUUGUUUAGUCCUUGAGCAUAUCUUGGAAGAGCAGUUCUCUGAAGAAUAUGCAGCAAGGAAGGAGGCUGUACUCAAACAAGCUGAUUGUCAAUAUGGAAGCCCAACAACAUGUUCAACACAAGCUCAGCAGCAUGCUGUCCGGACAUCGUCAAUGCCUACCAAUAUUUACUCGUCCUGGUGGUCUGGCCAAGGGCCCAAGGUUCAUAUUGGAAUUGGUUGUGACUUUUGCGGGAUGUGUCCAAUUAUUGGUGAACGAUACAAAUGCAAAGACUGUGUUGAGAAAAUAGGUUUUGACCUAUGUGAAGGGUGCUAUAACGCUUCCUCCAAGCUUACUGGCCGAUUUAAUCAGCAGCACACAUCAGAACACAAGUUUGAGAUUGUACAGCCGCCCGUCAUGCAUAAUUUAAUAUUGAGGCUAGAAGGUGAACAGUCUGAAGAGGAUGUUUCUGAUGAUCCUGAUGAUGUAGAAGAUGUUUCCUCUGAUCCAGUGUUGUCAGGUGAUGAUGCUCUGCGGGAUCCAGAAGAUAGUUCAGCUGCGCUGAUCUUCACAGAUACUUCACAAGAUCAAGAAGGUACCAACUCCACGAGCUAAAACCAUUUUAAGUGCUCUCCAGAAGUGCCAUCUCUGGAAGCACUUCCAGAAAUCAUUUUAUACUUGGGACACCCGACUUUCUUUCUUAAUCUUAGCUGCUAAUGGGGGAUUUAGUUUAAUUUCUGUACAGUUUCCUGAGUUAGUUCCAUUGUUUAGUCUUGAUGAUGUUAUAGAAGCUUAUGGUUACCAUGGGAAAAAAUAAAUAAAGAUGUUAUAUAAGCUCGCAGCGGUCUAACAUUGAACUGCAGAAUGUUUCCAAUUAUGGAUACAUGGAAAUCUCAUAAACAGCAGAUUGCGAAAUUCUACUGUUUAAAUAGAUAAAAUAUGUCUAAUUGUGUGUUA